AUGGCCGAAGAUUUGAAGAACCCAGCUGUCAAGCCAGUGCCAAAAGGCCAUCGAUGGAUCCUUUUCGUUUCAGGUCCUACGGCAUCUGGCAAGUCAUCAGUCGCCAAAUAUCUAGCAGAUGAGCUCAACCUCAAGUUUGUAGAGGGAGAUGAUUUCCACCCAAAAUCGAACGUUGACAAAAUGAGCCGCGGCGAACCUCUGACCGAUCAAGACCGAUUGGGAUGGCUUCAAGCGUUACACGAACACGCUAUUCACCACCCUAAAGGCCCAGGCACCGAUCAUCUCGUGGUGACAUGCUCAGCAUUAAAGCGUCAGUAUCGGGACCUACUUCGUCAAGGUUCUGAGAACGCAGGCGACCUACGUGUGCACUUUUUGCAUCUUGAUGCGCCAGAGGAGGUUCUUAGGCAGCGUGCUACGGCAAGGAAGGGGCACUUUGCAGGAUCUGCGCUGGUGCAUAGUCAGUUCGAGGCGCUGGAGAGGCCCGGAGAGGAUGAGAGAGAUGUUUUAAAUAUUAGUGUGGAUCAGACAGUUGAAGAGGUUCAGAGGGAAGCAUUGGCGAGGGUGACUGAGUUGCUGGAUGAGGAUACUGCAUAA